CCGCACGUUACGGUACCCACCUAACAAGCAGUCAUGGCCUCCAUCACCUGCGCCACCCCUGCCCUCGCUGCCCGCGCCGCGGUCACCAGGAAGCUCUCUGCCAAGUCCCAGAAGCAGUCCCGCGUCGCUUUCCGCGUCCGCGCUGCGGAUGCGGAGGCUGCCAAGCCCGCGGCGGAGAAGAAGCCCGAGCCCAUCGGCCCUCCCCGUGGUUCCAAGGUGAAGAUCCUUCGCCCCGAGUCCUACUGGUUCAACGACUACGGCAAGGUCAUCUCCGUCGAUCAGUCCGGUGUUCGCUACCCCGUGGUCGUGCGUUUCGAGAAGGUGAACUACGCCGGCGUCUCCACCAACAACUACGCCCUCGACGAGAUCGAGUACUAAGCGAUUCGAUUCGAAUAUCGCUUGGUGCCUCGGUUGGAGUCAAAAUUGGAUGUUCGGUACGCUCCCGCAGCCGCGUUGAUUGUACGGGUUUUGAGGGGAGGAUGAGCAUAGCAAACUAGGGAAAAGAGGGGAGAAGAGAGAGGGUGGACCUUUGCAAUAGUAGAGAUGCAAACCUAUUACUUUACGACG